UUACCGAAUCGUCUUGUAGCCUAUCAAAAUGACUACUAGAAUAAUUAUAAAAUUUCGCUGAAAAAGGUUGGUGGAAGGGAAUAUUGGUGUUAGGCACUUAUUUUGACGGCAUUCUGCCUGGUCAACAAGAAGUUAUUUCCGAUAGUCGCCUGUUAGAUUUAUAAUCUCCAUCAAGUUUCCAUUAAUGAUAUAAUAUCUAAGAUAUCCCUUCCGAUCUCGUUCGGAGUCAAUGGACCAUACGUGAUGUUGGAUACAAGAGAGACGCAGAGGAAUCUAAGCAUACAUGCAGGUCCCUAAUGUCAUGUCAUGUAAAGCAUCCACCUACAAGUAAAAGGCGGCCCACGGAGGAUCCUGUUUCCAACCCCUUUCCUGCAGCUUAUAUUCCACUCAAAGACGCUCUCUCCGAGAUGACUCGGAUGAGUUGACUACCAGGUAGGGCAACGUGUCACUACACGGAGAAUUCUAAACCCAUCCACGAUAGUCACACGUGUGCGAAGUUACCUCAAGUUGGUAGAAGGGCAAAUAUAUAAACACCUAGUGAUGCCAGGUCUACAAGAACCUAUCCAGCUUGAACCAACCUCAAACCAACCUCAAACCAACUCAUACUACUACCAACAAGAUCAUCAUCGCCCACCAUGGUUAACAUCACCAGUCCCCUCCGCAUCGGCUACGUGCUGUUCCCAGCUUUCACGGCGAUAGACGUCUUCGGCCCGCUCGGCGUGCUGAACAUGGUCUCCGUGAACUACAACAUGACGUUGUCUUUGAUCGCGCAGAACCUGGAGCCCGUCAGCAUCGACCGCACCAUCAUACGCGGCGUGGGCAGUGGCGUGGAGGCCGUGUCGGCAUCGCCCAACUUCACCGAGUUCGUCCUCCCGACGCACACUUUCGACAACCCGCCUGACAUCGACGUUCUGAUCGUGCCGGGCGGCAGCGGCACCCUGAACAUCAGCGCUACGCAGCCUCACGUCGACUGGAUCCGCAGUCGUAUCGAGCAGGAGCCGAAGCUCGACUACCUGAUGAGCGUAUGCACCGGCGCCACGCUGCUGGCUCGUACCGGAAAGCUCGCCGGCAAGAACGCUACGAGCAACAAGUCUGCUUUCAACUGGGUCAAAUCCGUCGAGCACGCGGACAAGGUCAACUGGAUCGCCAAGGCCCGCUGGGUAGUCGACGGGAACAUCUGGACCAGCUCGGGAGUCAGCGCCGGCACGGACAUGACUUUGAACUGGAUUGAGAAGCUGUACGGCAGGAACGAAAGCGAGAGCGUCCGGAACAUGAUAGAGUGGAACGCGUUGAACCAGACUGACGACCCGUUUGCUGAGUACUACGGACUUGUUUAAGGUGCCCCUUAAUUCUAGACGAAAUUGAAGCUGGGCAGGAUAUAAUGAGAUUCGGCUAGGAAGGGUUGUCAUGAUCAAGUUAAUCUAGCUGUAAAUAUCAAGAGUCGACUAGCUACGGUAAAUUCCAAGUGACUUGGAC